AUGUCGUACAUUCCGCAGCUCAGCAAGCUGCCCGACGUCGAGUCGCACCACAUCCACGAUCCGACAGCUUCGUCCUCGUCUCCCUACGCGACCCCGAAGCUCGAGGAGGACAAGAUCUUCCCCCAGCCGCGAUCCGUCCAGUCCGAUUCCGGCGAAAAGCGCACACACCCUCUGGAAGGAAUCCGCCAGCCCAGCGGCUCAUCCGCCACCCUCAGCGAUGUCCACAUCUUCCAGGACGAAGCGAUAGCCGCGCACUGGAAGGGCGUCUACGAGAGGUCGUCGUACGAGGGCAGGCAUCGGUUCGACCCGUCCUUCGAAUGGACACCGGAGGAGGACCGGCAGUUGCUGAAAAAGGUGGAUCUGCGCGUGACCUGCUGGUCAUGGGCCAUGUUCCUGGCGCUCGACCUCGUACGCAAGAAUAUCAGCCGCGCGCUGGCCGACAACUUCCUCGCCGACCUCGGCAUGUCGCUCAACGACUACAACAAUGGCCUGCUGGUCUUCCUCCUCUGCUUCCUCUUUGCAGAGCUUCCUUCCGGCCUCGUCUCCAAGAAGGUCGGCGCUGACCGCUGGGUGCCGACUCAGAUCGUCUCGUGGUCCAUUAUCGGGGCGGCGCAGGCCGCCAUCACGGGCAAAGCCGGCUUCUUGGUCACGCGAGCGCUGCUCGGCCUCACCAUGGGCGGCUUCCUCCCGGACCAGCUCCUCUACCUCUCCUACUUCUAUACAUCCAAGGAGCUCAGCACGAGGGUUGGAUGGUUCUACACCGUCAUCGGCAUCUCGCAGGUCCUCGGUUCGCUGCUCGCAGCAGGCUUCCUGGAACUGCGAGGCCUCAACGGACUGGCGGGCUGGCGUUACCUCUUCGCCUUCGAGGGCCUCAUCGCCGGCGUCAUCGGGCUGAUGGCCUUCUUCCUGAUGCCCAACAGCCCCACGGCAACCAAGGGCAGGUUCUUCAGCAAGCGAGGUUGGUUCUCCGAGCGCGAGGAGAAGAUCAUCGUCAACAAGAUCCUGCGCGACGACCCCAGCAAGGGCGACAUGAACAACCGCCAGGGCGUCUCGCCCAGGGAGCUCUGGAGGGCGCUUUGCGAGAAGGACCUCUGGCCAAUCUACCUGAUGGGAUUGGUCGUCUUUAUCCCCUGGCAGCCACCCACGCUCAUCAUUUCGCUGCUGCUCAAGCAGAUGGGCUACAACACCCUCCGAUCCAAUCUGCUGGCCAUCCCCGGCCAGGUUCUCUUUUCGAUCAACAGCGUCCUCCUCACCUGGCUCUCGGUGCGCACAAACGAGCGCGGCCUCGUCUCGUCGAUUGCCAACUUCUGGACGCUCCCCUUCCUCGUGGCCCUGUACUGCCUGCCCGAGAAGGUUUCCAUGCACCUGGCCUGGGUGCGCUACGCCCUAAUCACCUGCAUCACUGCCGUGCCCUACUGCCACCCGAUCCUCAUCGGCUGGGUAUCUCAGAAUUCACACUCGGUCCGGAACCGUACCGUCUCGCUGUGUCUCUACAACAUGAUGGUCCAAGUCUCGACGAUCCUCGCUACACGAGUGUACAUGACAAACGACCGACCGUUCUACAACAAGGGCAACCUGGCGCUCAUCAUCAUCUCGGCCGUCGCCAUCCUGCAGGCGUGGCUCACUAAGGCCUACUACGUCUGGAGGAACCGACAGAAGCAGGCGGUCUGGUCCGCCAUGUCCCACGAGCAACAGACACCACAAUCGUAA